CGAACUAGAUUGAACCAGCAUAGCAGUCUAGCACAAAGAAUUCUUUGGGUGUCCAAGUGCACGCAUAUAUGGCGUCCAAACCAUUCUCCAAAUCCUUCUUCGCCUUCUACCGUUUUGUUCGCUGGAGACUAGGGAAUCCACAAGGCCAACACCAUCAUCGACGAAGCACAAGCAGGAUACCUACCUAUGCUGAGAUCAUCGAAGGGUGUCCAGUAGCCUCCCAAGAUGAUCUGCUUCGAAACCAAGUUCUAAUCCUAGAUAUUGAAGGAGGACUAUUAAGGUCUCAGUCUCUUUUCCCUUACUUCAUCCUUGUUGCAAUAGAGGCAGGUAGUUUCCUUAGAGGUCUCAUCUUAUUAUGCCUUUACCCUCUUCUCUCUUGUUUGACAAAAGAAGUACAAUCAAGGGUCAUGGUCAUGGUGUGCUUCUUGGGGUUAAGAGAGGAGGAGGUGACAAGGGUCGCUCGGGCAACAUUGCCAAAGCAUUUUCUAGAGGAUAUAGGGAAGGAAGGGCUUGAGGUGGUGAGAGGGUUUAAGAGGGUGGUGGGAUUCAGUAGGAUGAUCCCUAGGGUUAUGGUGGAGGAUUUCCUGAAGGAGUACUUAGGCUUGGAGAUGGUGGUGGGAAGGGAGGUGAAGUUGGUGAGAGGGCGUUAUGUUGGUCUGUUGGAAGUGGAGGGUGAGAGAAGAUUACAGCUGGAUGAGCUUGAAGGGACAGAGAUGGUAGGGUUUGGAAGCAGCUCCAGCUAUUUUAGCCACAAUCAUCACCAGCUCUUCACUGGUUGCAAGGAGGUUUACUUGGUAACCCCAGAACAGAAGAAACAAUGGUCAACCUUGCCAAGAGACCAGUACCCAAGGCCCUUGAUCUUCCAUGAUGGCAGGCUGACUUUCAGGCCUACUCCUCAAGCCACCCUCGCCAUGUUCAUGUGGCUCCCGCUUGCUGUCCCCCUCACAGUGCUCCGAACACUCAUCUUUGUCAACCUUCCGUAUUUUAUCUCCUUCCCAAUUGGGAGUGCGUCCGGAGUCACAACCCGGGUCAUCAACGCCCCAAUCUCUGCCACUGGUAACGCAAACCAUGGAGCACUUACCCCACCCAAUCCACGUGGUCACCUGUAUGUAUGCAACCACCGCACACUCCUUGACCCAGUCUACAUCUCAGUGAUGCUGAACAAGAAGGUAUCAGCAGUGACAUAUAGUGUCAGUCGUGUCAGUGAGCUCCUGUCACCAAUCCAGACCAUCCGGCUGACCCGAAACCGCGAUGAGGAUAGGAGGAGAAUGGAGCACUGGCUGCAGAAAGGGGACCUGGUGAUUUGCCCUGAGGGUACCACGUGCAGGGAGCCAUACCUGCUCCGAUUCAGCCCGCUUUUCGUCGAGCUCAUCGACGAGGUCUACCCAGUGGCACUAACGAACUGGUCCAAUAUGUUUUACGGCACGUCUACUGGCAGGUCUAAAUACAUGGACCACUUCUACUACUUCAUGAACCCGCAUCCAGCGUAUGUCAUCGAGUUCAUGGACAGGAUGCCAACGUCUGUGGUAAUCAAUGGUAGGAGAUGUGAGAGCUAUGAGGUGGCAAAUAUGGUGCAGGGUGAGAUUGGUAGGGUUCUUGGGUUUGAACCCACUAAACUAACUCGCAAGGACAAAUACAUAAUUCUAGCAGGAAAUGAAGGGGUUGUGGAUACAAAGCAGUACAUAUGACCAUCGUGUAAGAUGAGAAUAUAUCACACUACAGGAACUUGAUGGUAAUACGAUUCCUAGCUGGGUUCUGAUCGAUUGUUUAGAAAGGUUAUAUAUGUACCCUAUCACGUGUCAACAUGUCUGUCUGUCAUGUACAGCAGUGAGAAUUAUAGGUUGUUUAAGUUCUGUACAUGUGUCUAAUGUUAGCUAAUCUCUUAGUAUGUAUCCGAAGUGAUAUAGCUGAGUUUUCAAUAAUUAAGAAACUUAUAUAUGUAAAAGAAGCAUGGGCUAGUCUUAAUAUAAUGUAUUGCACCAUUCUUGCAUCA